AUGGGAGAUGGGGCCGUGGAGAGGUACGAGAAAUUACGGCUCGCGGAGGCGCUCGGCCGUGCGUGCGACUACGCGGCUGCCUGCACCGAGCUCAGCUUUAUUUUGAGGGGGGCGUACUCCAAGCUUCCGAAGAAUCUGCAGUUCACUGUCUUCCAGGACACUCUUGCCGCCUUCCGUCUCCUCCCAGAGUGAGUGCCUUGGCCAUUGAAUUUACCCGUUGAUUCAGUUUUGUCUCGUUGAUACGGAGAGGAGCAAGCGGGACCCAAUUCCAUUUGGUUUCAUGAUAUUUGGGUUCUCGAUCGUUUUCUUAUGCGGAUUAUUUUGGCGCCUUUUUGAUCGUUUCCAUUGGCAACCGUCGACGAUGUGCCGAACCCCAUGGUCGAUGAGUAUGGUUCAUCUCAGGUCGGGGGGAAGGUUAUUUCUUCUUUCACAAUUCGGGAAGAUUUGUGCGUAAGAAUUGUAGGGAAGAGGUUGCCACGGAAAAUCGUGUACGAUAUUUUUUGAUUUUAGAGGAAUCUCAUAAAAAAUUAUUUAAGGAUACUAUCUUUCUAACGAGGACUAACUGAAGGGCAACUAAUCCAUUGAUGGUCCAUCUGUUGCUUUGGAAGCUUUAUUUUGCCAAACUGUUGUCCCAUAGAGGCCAAAUUAUUUGAUCGGUGAUAUCUCUUCUAUGCUUAAUGACUUUAGAACUGGAGCUUGUUUAUGGAGUGUAAAAAGCCGAAUUGAGACAAGACAGGUGCAAUUCAACUGAAACUUUGAUCUUAUGAAUAUUUUACUAUUUUUAAAAUUUAUUUUAUGACCAUCUCUUCAUUUAUAUUAUUUCAAAUAGGGAUGGGGUGGUUCUUAUUAAGAUCAUACCAUCGACCAAGUUCUGAGGUAUCUGAGUUAAGUACUCAUAUAGGUAACUAAGUACUCAGUUUGAAGGGAACAGUGUGCUCUACCUUUCAUUAAAGAAUUUGAAACGAUACAUUUUAAAAGAUCAAGCAAAUUGGCUAUUUGAGGUGAAUAUUUCUUGCAUUGGAUAUGUCUUUUACACAUUAACGAUCAUAAUUUUUGGUCUAUCCAUCGCAAAAUUUACUGCUGUUUAAUUCAUGGAACGUUGAUAUUCUGUAAAAGAAGAUAAUGGAUCCUUCGUUUAAGUUUUGGUUUUCUGUAAAAUAACGUGGACUAUAGGCUUCAGUUUAACGUAAUAUUUUAUUUUUUUGUGAAUACUAUUGCAUUGAUAUUAUAUGACCUUUGUCAGUACUUGAUGUUAGAUAUGCUCUCUUCACUAACUAAUCUAGAAAUAGUGUGCAGACCAGUGCUGGAACAUCUGCUGCUCACAUCCUCCAUCAAGCAUCGGAAGUUUCAUUACCCAAGCAGAAAAAGGCAAUGGCUAUUUCAGAGUUCAAGCGUGCUGUAGUUGCUCAGAAGAGACGCUGUAAAGUUCAAGAAGAAAAUGAAGGUAAAAAUGCUGCUAGAAAAACUAUCUAGGGGUGUAUAGUAUAACAUGUUGACGCAUAAAUGACAAUCAUAUUCAUGUUAUCGCCGUUAAAUAGUGAUGUUUCUCCAUACUCAUGGCACAUUAUCCUAAAAAAUGCCCAUCCAUGACAUUCAAUCUAUAGAUUGAGAAAAAAGGCCCUGAAGUUUUAGUUAUCAGGGAAAACAAAGAAAACUCGUAACUGAUCCGAACAAAGAACUUUGGUUUAUCUGCUACUUUGGUUCAUAGUUUUGUUUUUUUAGGUUCAAAGGGGCUGCCUGAAGAUAUCCUGAUUCAUAUUUUCAGCUACCUGGACAUGAGAUCUUUGGUGACUGCCGGUUUGGUAUGCAGGUAUUCAUGAAUUUAUAUUUCAGACAGUCUUUUCCGUUUAUCCAUUAUCAGACUAAGACCAAAGUUAAACUUACAUCAGGUUGUGGAACUCAGCAACAAGUGAUACCAGUCUAUGGCAAUCACAGUACUCUCUGCUCUUUGGUAAUCGCAGUAGCUCUCGUGAAAGCACAGAGGAGACGCGCAAAUCUGACCCAGUGUGUAGUCUCGACUGGAAAAAGGCUUUCAAAAUAAGAUAUAUAAGUAUGUUUCCUCCAAUGUUAAUCUCAAUAGAACAUCUAUGUGUAUUUAUGCAUGUAGAUUGUAUGUGUGUGCAUAUGUGUCAGAUAUACAUAAACAUAUACGUACAUAUAUAUUUUUCUUGUGUGAUGGACUUGGAUCUAUGGAGAGAAUUAUUCCCAUUACAGGUUGUCUAUGCUGGAAAUCCACAACAGCAAGAGGAUAUUGUGUACAUUGCCGAUCUAUAAUCUGGGCAAGCAGUAUAUGCGUGAACUCAGCACACCAUUGCUCAAGGCUAGUGAAUCAGCAACCAAGCAUAAGGCCUUUGUCACCAAACGAGGUAUUCUCCAUUCUUAAAUUUAAAUUUCGAUCAAAUACAUGGCAGACAGAACAUGCAGAAGGGAUUUUUAGUUCUUGACCCUCGCAAACAGAUCUUAUCAGAAAAGCAAAAACUCCCCCAAAAAGUGGUUCAGGAGCUUAUAAGUGACCAAAAAGUCCCCUUACGAGACAAUAGCCCCCCCCCUUUCUUGGAAGCCAUUGGAGACCUUGCGCUGGUCUGCUUGGUUAAGGAGCUUCGUCCUCAGCCACGGGGGCAGAAGUUGGAACAUCUGGAGGAAACCCUAGCCAGCUUUACACUCAAUAUACUCUUUGACCGAGGGACAAACUGGUCAUUUCUGUUCUGCUCUUCCAAACCAUGCUUAAUUCUGUUCUCAUUGAAUACAGGUGAGAUGAGGGCUUUGGUAUAGUAAGUACAAGCUUGUGAUAGAUUACCCAGAAUCAAAAAGCACAGGGGCUUUCUUAAAUUCAAGAUCUUCAUGGGGGUUGAGAUCGAGAAAAACUCCAAUACUAAUAGAUAUGUUGCAAUGACUGAUGUGAAUUAGAUAAAUCACUUGAGCAAAAAGUUUUUUCCUGUGUUUCAUCAUCUAACUGAAAUCUGGUUUUAGUUCCUCCUAGCCCCCCAUUAUAUCCUGCAUCAUCUGGUGAUUAAUUUCUCUGCCAUCAGAUUGUGAGGUACCUCCUGGGGGAGCCCAUGCUGGACGUUUCUGACAGCAGUGACAGCGAUUCUGAUGAGUGCCUCCUCAAACUUCCCAGACUGUGGGCGUACCCAAGCCUCUCAGGCCAGUAG